UCACACGCUGAAAUCAUGCGAGCAGCUUCCCAUUACUUCCUCCUCAUCUUCUCUUUCCUGAAAUCCCCAAACUCCUCUCACUAGGGUUUCUCACUCAAUCCCUCUAUCACAUAUCUCCGUGAUUCGGUCUACAUGGCGGGAAUCAGAUUGCCGCCGGAGGAUUCCGACGUAUCGCAAGCUGCUCGGCAGGUUGCCGCCAUCGAUCUGAUCUCCGAUGAUGACCGUUCCAUAGCCGCCGACUCUUGGUCCAUAAAGAGCGAUUAUGGAAGCACUCUCGAUGACGAGCAGCGUCAGGCUGACGCCGCUGAAGCGCUCUCCUCCGCUGCUUACCGUGCCGCGUCCGACUACAGUUCUGACAAAGAGGAGCCAGAUGCGGAGGCAGUUUCAUCAAUGCUGGGAUUCCAGAGUUACUGGGAUGCAGCAUAUGCAGAUGAAUUGGCAAAUUUCCGAGAACAUGGUCAUGCUGGAGAAGUUUGGUUUGGACCUGAUGUGAUGGAAAAUAUGGCUUCAUGGACCAAAAGUGUAUGCCUUGAAAUUUCUCAGCGUAACUUGCCAAACCAUGUAGACAGUACAAACUGUUUGCCUGCUGGGCAGCCUGAAAAAGACUUAUCUGGAUGGAGCAUUCUGGAUGUUGGUACUGGUAAUGGCUUGCUUCUUCAGGAGCUCAGUAAGCUGGGGUUCUCAGAUCUCACUGGAACUGAUUACAGUGAAGCAGCUGUUGACCUAGCUCGAAACCUUGCACAGCGUGAUGGAUUCCCUAAUAUUAAAUUCCUGGUUGAUGAUAUUCUUGACACAAAACUAGAUCGGAAAUUUCAGCUAGUCACAGAUAAAGGAACACUGGAUGCAAUUGGAUUGCAUCCUGAUGGUCCUAUCAAAAGGAUAAUGUAUUGGGACUCUGUAUCAGGACUUGUGGCUUCUGGUGGGUUGGUGGUUAUUACAUCGUGCAAUAACACGAAAGAUGAACUGAUACAAGAGGUUGAGGUUUACAAUCAAAGGAGAAAUGGUGGGUCACGCGAAGCUGAUGAUGGUAACCAAGAUGCGGCGGGCAGAGAUGCCAUAUUUGAAUAUGUUGACCACAUACGCACGUAUCCAACAUUCAUGUUUGGAGGAUCAGUUGGGUCGCGUGUUGCAACAGUAGCAUUUCUAAGAAAGUGAUGUAACGCGAUGUUUAGGAUUUAUACACUGGGCUUGGUGUUUGAUUUGGCGAAUUUGCAAAAUACUUUGAUGUGUUGAAAUUGAUUUAUUUGUUGGAAGCGUCUGAAACUAGGCAUAGAAGGCAGAUCAAAAGAUUGUGGUAUAUCAAUACUACUAUAUCCAGAUCCAACAGCUGCAUGUUAUCUCGUCUUUUUACUGAUA